UAAAAAUCAACCAAAUUGACUUUUUUAAAUAAAAAAUUACAAAAUUAACUACUUUAUCUUCAAUUUUUCUCUUCAAGAUCUUAUUUCCUAAAAUCUGACAGAUGAAAAUCAAUUCCCAAAAUCUAACAGAUAUUAGUCCCACUACAUUACAAAUAUCCACAAUGCCGAAGACAUUUUCCCCAUCAUCAUUGCACAAAAAACUCGCCAAUAAAUCCUCUGUUCUCUCGUUCUCCCCAUCUUGGAGGUCCACUUUUUUCCUCCUCGUAAUGUCGUCCAUCCUCCUCCUUUCCGUUUUCUCUCUCUCCCUCUUCUUUCCCAUUUCCUCUUCCGCCCCUCACCGUCACCACCAACCUCCUCCCCAUCACGCCCCACUCUCCUCUGCAUCCUCCCCUGCGAUCCAUCAAUCAUGCAUGUCCACUCGCUUUCCCGACCUAUGCGAAUCAUCCAUCGCACAAUCACCUUCCCUCCCUACCAACCCAACCGCAAUCCAGAUCACUAAUUCCGCUAUUGAGAUUUCUACCCAGAACCUGAAAACUGCGCAGGGCAUGGCGAAAUCCAUCCUGGACGCUUCGUCGGGAAACCAAAACCGUUCAACCGCAGCAAAUAUGUGUUUGGAGGUCCUCACCUACUCCGAUCGGCGAAUUCAAUCGGCGGUGGAGGCGUUGGCACGUGGCAAGAUCAAAGAUGCACGUGCAUGGAUGUCCGCGGCCCACGCGUACCAGUACGAUUGCUGGAGCGCGCUCAAGUAUGCUAACGACACAAGCCUCGUAGACAAAACGAUGGCGUUUUUGGACACCUUAAUUGAGUACAGCAGCAACGCGUUGAGCAUGAUGAUGGCGUACGAUUAUUUCGGGGAUAAAACGGCCUCGUGGACCCCACCUAAAACAGAGCGGGACGGGUUUUACGGGGGAAGCGGCUCAGCGGGGGAAGGCAGGUUGGGGUUUGACGGUGGAUUUCCGUCAAAUUUAAAGGCCGACGUUACGGUGUGCAAGGGCGGGGACGCAGGGUGUUACCCGACGGUGCAGGCAGCUGUUAAUGCCGCGCCGGAUAACGAGAUGGGACGUCGGUUUGUGAUUCACAUAAAAGAAGGGGUUUAUGAGGAGACAGUUAGAGUUCCGUUUGAGAAAAAGAACGUGGUGUUUUUGGGAGAUGGUAUAGGCAAAACGGUCAUUACGGGGUCUUUAAAUGUGGGGCAGCUCGGGAUGACAACCUACAAUUCAGCGACAGUAGGAGUUAUUGGAGAUGGGUUUAUGGCCAGUGGCCUAACAAUCCAGAACACAGCGGGUCCGGAUGCCCACCAAGCAGUAGCUUUUAGAUCAGAUAGUGAUCUUUCCAUCGUUGAGAACUGUGAAUUCAUUGGCAAUCAAGAUACUCUGUAUGCUCACUCACUUCGCCAAUUUUACAAAAAUUGCCGUAUUCAGGGGAAUGUGGACUUCAUCUUUGGAAAUUCUGCCGCAAUAUUCCAAGGUUGUGUGAUUUUAGUUGCUCCACGACAAGUAAAGCCUGAAAAAGGUGAGAACAAUGCCAUCACUGCUCAUGGCAGGAUAGACCCUGCACAAACGACAGGUUUUGUUUUUCAAAAUUGUUUUGUCAAUGGCACUGAGGAAUACAUGAAAUAUUAUUAUAGCAAGCCUCAGGUACACAAGAGUUACUUGGGAAGACCUUGGAAGGAGUACUCAAGAACAAUUUUCAUUCAGUGUACCUUUGAGGAACUCAUUUAUCCUGAUGGGUGGAUGCCGUGGAGUGGUGACUUUGCAUUAAAAACACUUUUCUAUGGAGAAUAUCAGAAUUCUGGACCAGGAUCUGAUGUAUCUAAGAGGGUGCAUUGGAGUUCCCAGAUUUCGGCAGAUCAUGUCUUUCUAUAUUCGGUCCAAAAUUUCAUUCAAGGAGAUGAGUGGAUUCCAACAUCUUCAUUGAAAUAUCAUAAACAUAAGAUCUAAGGAUUUUAGAUCAAACUAGGCUUAAUACCAUGCUAUUAUGGUUCAUUUGUACUGUUAGUUUUGUUAAUUAACAAAUAUAAUAAUAGUAUCUUACUAUA